CAGCCAGUGCAAGGUAGUCUCACUACUCAGAUCUGUCUGCUGGGUGGCCUGGCUCCAGUUUACACCAUUACUAAAAUAAAUAACAUCUAAAUGAGGCUUUGUGGGAAUGGAUGGGACAAAUGUAAAAGUCCAUUCUGACGAGCCUACAGUCCCCAUAAUGCACUCGGCGCGGUUCGUUUCCGGUCCUGCGCAGUUUCUGGAGCGGAUUGGAACCCGGAGUCAGGAUUCGAUAAAUGAAGGGUCUUUUGCAGAAAAGGUUGGCAUAAUGGCUGAGCAGACGCCAGAUGAGUUCAUCUGGUGUGAGGACUGUGGCCAGUACCAUGACUCCGAGUGUCCUGAGCUGGGGCCGCUGGUGACCGUCCAGGACUCCUUCGUCCUCAGCCGGGCCCGGUCAUCUUUACCAAACAGCCUGGAGAUCAGACAUGUGGCCGACGGGGAGGAGGGAGUGUUUGUUCUGCGCCGGCUGGUUAAGAGGACCCGCUUCGGGCCCUUUGAGGCUAAGAGGGUCCCCCAUCUGGAGAAGGAAGGAGCAUUCCCUCUGAAGAUCUUCCAGAAGGAUGGCGUGGUGGUGUGUUUUGACUCCAGCAGCGAAGAAGACUGCAACUGGAUGAUGCUGGUACGACCCGCCACCGACCACAAACACCAGAAUCUGACAGCUUACCAGCAGGACGAUGGCGUGUACUUCAACACCUCCCAGGAUGUGCUGCCAGGAACAGAGCUGAGGGUCUGGUACGGAGCUUUCUAUGCCAAGAAGAUGGAGAAGUCCAUGCUUAGGCCUCCACUUCAACCACCACCACCACCUCCAGCAGAUGUGAUGUCUUCAUCUGCUAAAACAGAGACCUCAGCGAAAACUGGCGCCCACGUGCCCCCAGUGGCUGAAGAAAACAAUGCAGGCAAUAUGCUGAGUCAUCUCGAUGAGGUGAAAACAGUAACGGUGCUUCCAGUCGACCCGCUCCUGCCCCAAGAGGAGAGCCUGGUCGGCCCCGGUGAGGAGGAGGGCGACCCCCCUGCUGCUCGACCCGGCCCCAAGAGAGGGCAGGGCCGAGGAAGGAGAGCUAAAGGACGCAGGCCUGGAGCUACAGCAACCGCAAGCAAAAACAAAGAAGUGAAGCCCCCAGUGGAGAGCUCGGAGCCGGUGGCCUCGGAGGCAGCAGCAGCAGCAGCAGAGAGCAGCAGCCUGCUGAGCACUCCAGACAGUGGGGCUGUCCUGAAGAGACACAAAGCCAGAGAGCACAAGAGGGUGUACCGCUGCUCCCUCUGCAACAAGGUCUUCCAGAACAGCAGCAACCUCAACAGACACAUCCGAUCUCAUGGUGAUAAGCUGUUCAAAUGUGAUGAAUGUGACAAGUUGUUCAGCCGCAAGGAGAGUCUAAAGCAGCACAUCUCUUAUAAGCACAGCAAGAACGUGCCUGACCAGGAGUACAAAUAUAAAUGCAACACGUGUGAGAAAUCCUUUCGCCUGGAAAAUGCCUUAAAGUUCCAUAACUGCCGGACAGACGACAAGACGUUCCAGUGCGAUAUCUGCUCGCGGUUCUUCUCCACCAACAGCAACCUUUCCAAGCACAAGAAGAAGCACGGCGAGAAGCUCUAUUCCUGUGAAAUCUGCAACAAGAUGUUCUACCGCAAAGACGUGAUGCAGGAGCACCACAGGAGGCACGGUGUGGGACCAAAGCACAUGAAGAGAGAGGAGCUGGAGGCCAACGGAGAAGAAGGGACCAAGUACAGGAAGGAGCCGUCACCCUGUCCCAUCUGUGGCAAGGUGUUCUCCUGUAGGAGUAACAUGAACAAGCAUCUGUUGACUCACGGUGAUAAGAAGUAUACCUGUGAGAUCUGCGCUCGCAAGUUCUUCCGCGUGGACGUCCUUCGGGAUCACAUUCACGUUCACUUCAAGGACAUAGCCUUAAUGGAUGAGCAGGAGAGAGAGGGCUUCAUCAAGAAGAUCGGCAUUUCAGCAGGCGACAGCGACGAAACGGACGACGAUGAUGAAGAGGAAGAUGAUGCUGAGCACCACAAGUAUAACUGCAAGAAAUGUCAACUGUCAUUUGCAAAGGGCAGGGAGUACCUGAAGCACAUCAUGGAGCAGCACAAGGAGAGAGGCUACGGCUGCGGGAUCUGUAACCGACGCUUCGCACUGAAGGCCACAUACAAUGCUCACCUGGUCAUCCACAGAGAGCAGCUGCCUGACCCUGCUGUGCAGAAGUACAUCCAUCCAUGUGAAAUUUGUGGCCGAAUCUUCAAUAGUAUUGGUAACCUGGAAAGGCACAAGAUCAUCCACACUGGGGUGAAGAGCCACAGCUGUGAUAAGUGUGACAAAUCAUUUGCAAGGAAGGACAUGCUGAAGGAGCACCUCAGGGUUCACGAUGACAUCCGAGACUUCCUGUGUGCAGAAUGCGGGAAAGGCAUGAAGACCAAGCACGCUCUGAGGCACCACAUGAAGCUUCACAAGGGCAUCAAAGAGUACGAGUGUAAGGAGUGUAACCGAAAGUUUGCCCAAAAGGUCAACAUGCUGAAACACUACAAGAGACAUACGGGUAUAAAGGACUUCAUGUGUGAGCUGUGUGGAAAGACGUUCAGUGAGAGGACAACUCUAGAAACACACAAGCUCAUCCACACAGUGGGUAAGACGUGGACAUGUGCUACGUGCGAUAAGAAGUACCUGACAGAGUACAUGCUGCAGAAGCAUGUCCACCUGACUCAUGAGAAGGUGGAAGCCCAGUCGUGUCACCUCUGUGGGACCAAGGUGUCCACGCGCGCUUCUAUGAACCGACAUCUGCGACGCAAACACCCUGAGGUGGUGUCUGUAAGAAUUGAUGAGUUUGAUGACCUUCAGGAAACUUCGACAAUCAAUGAUUCGUCUAUCAGCAUUGUGCAGCCCACUCUGACCCUGGAAAAAGAUGGCAUGCCUCAGGAGAGGCCCAGCCGACUUUCCCGACACCCCAAGAAGAAGCAUCGAGUUCAGGCUGAGCCGGAGCUUUCUGAGUCGGACGAAUAUGUUGAUUUCACCGAGCCGAGGCACGAACCCAUGGCAGAAUUCAACGCCGUCAUCGUCGGUGAUGAGACUGAGACGAGCUCUGCUGUGCAGAGUAUCCAACAGGUGGUGGUCCUGGCCGACCCCAGUGCUCCGUCAGUCUCCUCACCCAACAACUCGGUGGGGCUGACCAACAUCACCGUCACGCCCAUCACCAGCCACGCCCCCGCCCAGUUCACCAGCCUGCAGCCCGUAGCCGUGGGCCACCUCACAGCUAGCGACCGGCCCCUCAGCCUGGACAACUCUAUCCUCACCGUCACCUUCGACACCGUCAGCGGCUCCGCCAUGCUCCACAACCGGCCAGCUGAACUCAUCCCAGAGACGGUGGGUCCCGGCGGGGGCGCGGCACCCCAGUCAGUCGCCCACUUCAUCAACGUCACCACUCUGGUCAACCCCAUGGGCCACCAGCUGGAGCCCCCGACUCUGGCCUGGAGGCCUGUACCGGCGGCUGAAGGCAGCCAGGUCACCCCCGUGGUGGAGGGGGCUCAGGGGGAGAGUCAGGAGGCCCAGAAUCAGGGCCCGGAGCCAGGCCGGCCCGUCCAGAGCCAGCCGCCCACCCCGCAGCAGAGCGGCGCCGCACAGCAGAUGUUCAGCUACUAGAGCAGAGACUGGAGGUGCUGGUCACCUCACGCUCACGGACAUUGUUAUAUAGUAGAGUAGAUUUUAUCAAAAUGUACAAAGCUUUGAUCACUGUCACCCAGAUGCCUCUCCAGCCCCAUGGAAGUGAAUGAAAUUGUAAUGAUUUUUUUCUUUUUUAUACGAACAAAACAAAGUGGCUGUUAAUAAUUAACAUAAUAUUUUAAAAAAAGAGAGAAAUGGUACAUUUAGCCAAAAUCAUUGACACUCCUCUGGAAGAUUUACAUUUCAAACCAAAGCAACGUUGAAUAUUCAAAUGCCUUACCAGCCUUUUAAAAACAUGCAUGUUUUCAAGAUAAAUCUCGCUCGUAAAAUGUAAUGUGAAAAUUUACCAACCUGAAAAAGAAGACACAUUUAGUGCAGUCAACAGUUUAAGUGAAAGCACUUCUGCCAGGUUAUGUGAUAAGUAAUGGUUGACUCACUCAUGAAAUGUUAUUUUUGAAUGCUGUAAACAAGUUGUUGAACUGUCUGGAAAAAAUACUGGAAGAGUUUUUGUACUGUUAUUUUUAAACAAAAUACCUCUUUAAAA